AUGUCGGCAAAGGAAGAAACCGUUCCAACGAACGUUGAGUCAGGAGAUGCUGAAGUGGCGGUGAAGGCACUGGCGAGGGAGAAGCAACCAGUGGCAAAGAAUACAAAGGAAGUUAAGGCUAAUAAGCUUGCAGCAAAGGCUCCAAAGAAGAAGACUUCUGCACCUAACCCUACCUACGAAGAGAAACCAGCAGCCAAAGCAUCUAAGAAACCUGCUGCUGCAAAGCCCAAGGCUGAAGUUGUUAAAGCAUCAAGGACUUCUAGUAGAACAUCUCAAGGGAAGAAGGCUGCUGAUGCCGAGCCAGCUGUUGUUGGGACUGAGAAGGCUCCUGCUAAGAGAGAGUUUAUUUGGACCUUCCCUUAUCUCUAA